CAACUCCCAAGCAUGCUUCACCAGGAACUCAACAUAAAGACAAGGGGUCAGUUUCAAGAGGCACACAAGCAGGUAUUCUGGGACAAAAGCUCAGGUUGACUGGCAAGAAACCUUAUCCUUAAAGUCUCAGGCACAAAGUACUUUACUUCAAGCGCCGUUAGACUGAGUGAUACUGAAAUACAUUUGGACAUCAUUUGGCAUCUGGACUCAAUAAUUUCCAAAACCCUGAAAUUGUUCACAGACAACAUGCCGGUGAUGUUCUGCAGACUUCGGACUCACCAGUGGUGUUUCAUUCUGUUUAAUGUCAUCCUAUUUCAUGCCUUGCUUUUUGGGGCUGAUUUUGUGGAAGAAUAUUUUCUGCAUGCUUUGCCUUAUGUAGAUAUGAAGGUUCUUGAAAUUAAGGAUAAGGCAAGGAAAUUGAACAUGGAUCCUGUAAGAAGUAAUCUUUCCAAAUAUUAUAUCCUGAGCCCAUCGGAGGUGUGUAAAGGGAAGAACAUAUUUUUGCUCUCUCUUAUCUUCAGUAGCUCAGGAAAUGGAACAAGGCGGGACCUCAUCAGGAGAACCUGGGGUAACGUGACCAGCGUUGGAGGGCACCCCAUUCUCACUCUUUUUGCUUUGGGAAUGCCUGUUUUGGUAACUACUCAGCAAGAGAUAGACAAAGAGUCCCAUAAGAAUAAUGAUAUCAUUGAAGGACUCUUCUUGGACAGUGCUGAGAAUGAAACCCUGAAGAUCAUCACAAUGACGCAGUGGGCUGUGACUUUCUGUCCUAAUGCCCUGUUCAUUCUGAAGGUUGAUGAGGAGAUGUUUGUUAAUUUACCAAGCUUGGUAGACUAUCUUCUCAACCUGAAAGAACACCUUGAAGAUGUCUAUGUAGGAAGAGUUAUCCAUCAGGAUUCACCCAACAGAGACCCUAACAGUCAAGAAUUUGUCCCUCUUAGUGAGUACCCAGAAAAGUAUUACCCAGAUUACUGCAGUGGUGAGGCCUUUAUUAUGUCCCAAGAUGUGGCUCGGAUGAUAUAUGUGGUUUUCAAAGAAGUAACCAUGAUGGUGCCUGCUGAUGUGUUUGUAGGAAUUUGUGCCAAGUCCAUUGGCCUUAUACCUAUCCACAGUUCAAGGUUUUCUGGGAAAAGGCACAUCAGAUACAACAGAUGUUGCUAUAAAUUCAUUUUCACAUCCUCAGAAACUACAGAUGCUGAAAUGCCCUUGGCAUGGAAGGAAAUUAACAAUGGGAAAGAAUGUACACUGUUUGAGACUUACUAUGGGCUCAUUUCCUGCAAACUUCUAACAUAUCUUGACAGCUUUAAACGUUUUCACAUGGGUACCAUAAAAAACAAUGCCAUGUAUUUUGGUGAUUAGGAUUUGUUUUUCUUAUAAGUGUGUUUUUAAAUUACCUCCUACUUCGUUAU